AUGUGGCCAACAUCUCCUGUAAAAGAGAUGAUUUCUUUCAAGAGACAGUUUCUUAUUUAUCUUCUUUUGUUGGUCCUGGCUUGUUUGAUCACAAUCAUCCUCUUGAAUUGUGUUAUCACAUUUAUUACAAAGGAAAGUUUUUUGGAAUUGCCUGAUAUAAAUUGCCAUAAGAAUCCUCCAUUCCUAGUAAUAUUGGUAUCAACAGAACUUGGUGAGAGAAAGGCCCGGAUGGUAAUUCGUAAAACAUGGGGAAAGAAAAGAGUAUUAGCUGACAAACUGAUUGUAACUUUUUUUCUCUUGGGAAAUCAUUUCUGGCAGUAUAAACCAUUUAAUGUGACUAUGGAAAGCUUACGUUAUAAAGAUAUAAUCCAAAAAAAUUUUAUAGAUUCAUACAGUAAUUUAACAUUAAAGUCUUUAAUGGGCUUUGAAUGGAUUCAUAAAUUCUGUCCACAAGCUACUUUUGUAAUGAAAACUGAUUCUGAUAUGUUUGUGAAUGUCUAUUAUCUGAUAGAACUUCUUCGGAAACGAAAGAGUACUACCCAGUUAUAUACAGGUUCUAUAAAAAUUAAUGAAAAGCCAAUAAGAAAUCCAGACAUAAAAUGGUAUAUAAGUGAAGAGGAAUAUCCAGAAAACAUGUAUCCUCCCUUUUGUUCAGGAACAGCUUAUGUUCUCUCCUCUGAUGUUGCUAGUCAAGUUUAUAUAGUUUCAAAACAUAUCACUGUUCUUAAGUUGGAAGAUGUUUUUAUAGGUAUAUGUGUUGCAAAACUUAAAAUCCAACCAGAAAAACUUCAUUCAGAACCUAUCUUUUUUCCAGAAAAAGUUGUUUUUUCUCCUUGUCACUACAUGAAAAUUGUUACAAGCCAUUUUACUACUCCUAGUCAAAACCUUAUUUAUUGGAAUGCACUGGAAAGACAUAUGGAUGAAAAAUGUUCAAAUGAUCAAAAACCUUUCCAAUUAGUGUAUGGGAGUUAUGACAGGCAUACUUGA